GUUUUCAAGUAUGUCCGAUAACAACAGUGAAGAGAAUUCAACGAGUAGCCGUGAAAUUGAAAUUGAAUAUAUAACAGUAAAAUUAGGAAUAAUUAUAUUUUACAUAGGUCAAACUAUAUGUUGAAUUGAUAGAUGUAAGAGAUCCCAAUUAGAAUUAUAUUGAAUAUUUCCCAUAAUUUGAUUUGAGUAAAAUGUAAUAGGCGAAUGGAAUUAAUAUCUUCAAAUUGACAAGCAAGCUGAAAGAGUAAGGAAUACAAUUGGAAGGACGCACGAUUUCUUAUUAUAGUUUCGAUUGCGAAAUGUAUAUAAAUUGCGGAUUGGAUCCUGUUCAUUAUUCUUAUGUGAUGCCAUUAAAUGAAAUUAGAUAAACAAACUAAUUACGCAUAAAAUGCAUUCAGACUGGGAUUUCACUCAUUCACUUAGUCAUGUCUGAGGAGAUGAAUGAGAAAGUUAAUAAAAUGAAGGAGUAGGAAGGAAAUGAGCAAUAAUAAUAGUAGUAAAAUCAAGGAUAGGAGAAUUAGAAGCAAUGUAGAAGAACAAAGGAGAGGAGAAUUGGAUACAUCAUUGAGAAAGUUUAAAAAUGGAGGGAAUAUUAUAAUGUAACAUUAAAUCAUAAUGUUUAAGGGUAUUACAAUAGAUGAGGAGAUUAAGCGAUUUACUCUUGAAGAAGCUGCUCAAAAAGUAAAUAUCUCUAAAAAGAGUUUAGAUGAUUAUUUACUACAGAUUCGAUAUGGUCGAAAAUUUGGGUUUAAUUUUAAUGAACAUAAAAAUGAGAAAGUAGGAGUCUUAAGAGCAUUUGUCAAGAAGAACAACUCAUCUAAGAAGAAGAAGGUAAAAUAAGAAUGAUUACCAAGUUUAAAAUAUCAUUUAGUUUAUUUCUAUUCAUAAUCAUUUUUAAAUGCUUUACAAAAAAACUAUAUUUCCUUAAUUAUAUUUUGAAAACUAAAAGUGGCUGAUUAAUGUAAUUGUAAAUUUUGCAAUGUGUGAAAUAUCUAUUUUAUCCAUUCAAUUAGAUCUAUGAAUCAAUAAGAAAAAGGC